UUGAUAGUACUAAUGAAUUAACAAGUAUAGAUACUACAAAUUAUGCAACAUCCUCAAGAUCUAAUGAGAAUUUAGCAUCAAAUUCAAGUGCGAAAAUAGUAACUUCAAUAGCAACAUCUUAUAAUAAAACUUUUACAAAGCUUUAUAAUUCAUCUAAUGAUCUUGAAGCUGCUAUGUGGAUCCAAGUGUUUUAA